CGUUAACGAAAAAAAAUCAUAAUAUUUUGACGUCUACCAGUGGGCGUUUUAUAGCCUAAAAUUUACAUUUGUUUAUAUGGAAUAUUGGUUUAGUGGAGGGAUCAAUGAUAUUUUUUUAUAUGUAAAUGUUUUAUGGGAUUAUCGGUGGGGGAGGUUUAGGGUAAAUGAUGGUUGGAAUAUUUUCGGAGUAUUUUUUUGAUAAUUUUGAGUGCUGAACUGAUGGCUCCUCUCACUGACUUGAUUUCCUGCAGUAUAAUUGAGAAAGACUGCAACGGAGAUGCACUUUGGGCGUGGACUUAUCCAUCAGUAUCAAAGGCCCAGAAAUCAGUCGUGACUCGAAAAUGCAAUUUGCAAUCAGAGAGCACAAGUGCACAGUCGUUCGUCUGUGCGAGAUACAGCGACAAUUGGUUCUACAUUCACAGCAGCGAGGUCUUUGAUACGGAUAAAUUGCCUCGGGUGAAACAAUUUGCUCUCGUUAUUUUCACGAAAGACUUCAAUCCUCAAAAAUACGAAGUACUGUGCAGAGUACUGAGUAAAAUGUACUGCAAGACUGGUAAUCCAACGGAAAUACUACAAUUGUAUCUGUCAGUAUUCACAAAGGGCUCAUGCACAACUCAAGAGAAUGGCAUUUUUAUGUCAGACGAUUACAAUGGCCAGAGAUUGGUCGCUGACAGUAAUAUUCGAGGACUCGUGAAAACAUUUGAGCUUGAAACAAUACUGAUCUAUACCGCGUUAUUAUUGAAGAAGAGGAUUAUUGUUUAUCAUCACAGUUUGGAGGAGUUGCUCAAGUGGAUCAAGACAUUUCCAGCUUUGAUGAAGCACAGAAGAGUCACUGACAAUCUUUUUCCUUGGGUCGACCUCGUGCAAGAUGAAUUGGCUGAGCUAAAGGGCUAUUCUUAUUAUAUUGCAGGCUGCAGAGACAGCUCGAUCUCCUCAAAGUCCGAAUUAUUCGAUCUACUUGUAAAUAUUCCUGCAAGAGAGAUCGCAGUUGCUCCACAUGCGAAGGAAAGUUUCACAAUGACCAAAACACAUAAGGAAAUUGCCCUGUUUCUGGUGCAGCUGUCUGAGAAUCAGGCGAACACUGAGGCUCAAAUAAUUCAUGAGAUUGCUGAAAAGACUCAGGAUCUUUUGAAUCAAUUGAGGAGCUUAGCCACUGUUGAUAAUUCAGAGGGUAGAAAAAUAAUAAAGCUUGAAACAUUUCGUGAACGCAAUUUGCCAACUGCUGUUGAACAUUUUCUUAUCAAUCUUGCUACUGCUGAAAAUAUUCUCGGUUUGUAAAUAUUUGUUACUGUGGAAUAAAAGAAAUUUUAAUGACAAA